AUGUGCCAGAUCUCCAUCACAGUCCUGAUCCCCAUGAGCGUUGUCAGCAUGGCUCUUGGCUUGGCUCUCCUGAUUGCUGGGAUCGUGGCGGGAGCUCUCAAGGUGCCUGACAACUGCAAGCAAAUCGAAUCUACGUACAACACUGGAUACAAGCAUGGAAUGAAAACGGGAUACAACACAGGAUUCGCUGAGGAAUUCUCUUCAGAGUUCAACUCAGGAUACAACUACGGAUACAACUCAGGAUACAACACAGGGUUUAAAAAGGAGAGGUAUUACCUAACAGCAGGUAGCUAUGGUUCAUCUAGCACCCAAUCGUCGACAUCUUGGUAUUCAAGUAAAGGUAGAUACAACUCAGGAUACACGGGAAUCAACUCGCCUUGGUACAACUCGGGGUAUAGACAUGGACACGACGAUGGAUACAAUUCUGGUUCACAUGUGGGACAUGAAUCUGGAUAUAACAUGGGAUACAACAUGGGUUACAACUCAGGUUAUCGCACUGGUAAUAGUUCCAUCAACCAGGAAUUAAACUACAUGCAAGGCUUUUACGCAGGGGCGUACGACAGCAAGAAUGCUUUGUCAGGAAAUAAUCCAACAUACAAGGCAGAAUACGAUGCUGAAUACAACUCCUCGUAUCAAAUUGGAGACAAACAAGCAAUCACAGCAAUCAAAAUGGUUAGGGACUAUGACUUCACUGACUGUUUUCAUUACAGAAAUGUGGCCAUUGAUGGUACCAUCACUCUAACAUUGCUGGGAUGCGUUCCUGGGUUUACAUGCCUUGUCUCUGGAGCAUUCGGCUUCAUGGCCGGCAAAUACAAGAACAAGAUCGUGGGAGAUGUGUCUUUUACGCUUCUCAUCCUCUUCCUACUCAGCUCUGUUGCGACAGUACCGCUUCUUUUCAUCUUAGCUUACUUUCAUGCUUACAGCUACUGCGACGCAUAUCCAGGGAGUUACUGUGAAGGUACUUCCUUCUGCAAGACAUACAGCAGAACGCUCUGGAUCAUCGUGUCGCUGAAUAUCGUCCUGUUUUUGUUCGAGCUUGGCAUUUCGAUCAUCUGGUGCUGCAUUUGCUGCUACCCUGAUCAGGACAGAAGCAGCUCGACGGCAGUCACAGCAGCACGAGAGGAAUUGCCCAUGGCCAACGUGGCAUCGGACGUGGUCCAUCAACAACCAGCAAACGCACACCAGGGGAGACCGCGAGCAGCAGGCGCGGCUAAUAGCAAGACCGGAGCAGCACCGCAAGGAGCGGCAGCACGCAAGUAG